AUGUUCUGGGGUUGCACUGUUAAGAAAGGUAACGAUCACAAGUUCGAAUCUGAAGACCACGCUAUUUUGCAUCUUUCCAAUGUUGCUUUGGGUUUAAAUACUAAGGCCGGAGCUCAAGCUUCCGUCUUUGCCAAAGUUGAUGGAAAGGAAUUCGUCAUUACUCACUUGACCUAGGGUAAAGUUGAACACACUACUCUCGAUCUCUAUUUUAGAAACGACCAAGAAGUCACUUUCGGUGUUAAAGGAGAAGCUGAAGUUCACUUGAGUGGUUAUUUCGAACCUGAUCAUGAUGAAGAAGAUCUUUAUGAUGAUUAUCCUUAUGGCGAAGAAGAAUUCGACGACGAAGAAGAUGAAGAACUCGAAGGAGAAGAUGAUGAAGAUGACGAUGAAGAGGAAGAAGAAGAAAAGCCUAAGCAACAACUCCAAAAGGAAGCUGCUAAGAAGCCAGCUGCCUAACAAUAAGCUGCUGCUGCCACUAAAAAGCCAGCUGAAGUUCAAAAGAAGGCUGAACCUGCUGCCAAGGCUGCUGAAGCAAAGAAGCAACCUUCCCUUCAAGAAACUUUAGCCUUAAAGGCUGCUGCUGCUGCCAAGGCUAAGGAAGCUUUGUAAAGUGAUGAAGAUGAUGAAGACGAUGAUGAUAUGGAUAUUGAUAUGGAAGAUGAUGAUGAAGAAGACGAUGACGAAGAAGAUUUCGAUGAUGAAGAAGAAGGUAAUGAUAUCGAUGACGAUGUUUCUGACUCUGACAAUGAAAAUGGAACUUUAUCUUAAAUGUUAAAGAGAACUGGUGCUGAAUAACACUAAGACUUGAAUAAGAAGGCCAAGGCCAACAACAACUAAGCUGUUAACAAGCCUUAAAACUAAAACUAAAAGCCUUAAUAAUAAAACUAAAACCAAAAGCAAAACAACCAACAAUAAGGAAAGCCCCAACAAUAACAAUAAAACCAAAACAAGCAACAACACAAUAACUAAAACAAGCAAAAUCACUAAUAACAUCAAAACAAGCAAAACUAACAUCAAAACAAGCAACACAACAACAACUAAUAACAUCACAACAAGAAUUAACACCAUCAAAAUAAAAAUCAACACAACAAAAAUGCUCACAAAAAGAACUGA